AUGGUAUUAUUCUGCUUGAAUUUCAGUUAUGGCAAUUUCCAACACAAGUCGAAUUCUUUAUGUAAGGUAUGGCCUACAUUUGUAUUGUUUCGAUCUCAUUCCGCUAUUCACCUUAGACAGCUUCCAUAUGAUAUUUCUCCUGCCGAUCUCUACGACAUUUUUGGGAGGCAUGGUACAAUAAGACAAAUAAGAAAGGGUGUGGACGAAAGUACAAAAGGCACGGCCUUCGUAGUAUACGAUGAGAUUGAAGAUGCGAAAAAUGCACUAAAACAACUUUCCGGUUUUCAUGUUUCGGGGAGACAUGGAGGAAUCCUUUUCGAGCAAACCUCCCUUUUUCUUUCAAAAUGGAGGUUAAGGCUGGAUAAAUCAUUUGUAGGUGGCUCCUUACUUGAUGAUUUUUUUGAAAAAAUUGGGUCAUUAUUUUAUUUUUUAUCGUUGAAGAAAUGUGAACAAACUUUUUCUCAUUCGACUAUGAUGGAGAUAAAUUUGUUCGUUAAAAGUUUACCCAAGAUUUUUCUGUUAACAGGUAGCAUUGGAUCCGACCUACCUAAAACUGUUACUUUUAAUGUAUCAAUUGAUAAGUAUGUUUUUGGAGCAAAUCCCCCGGCUUCUACUUGCCUUAAUAAUGGUAUUCGUGAUUUGAAUAAUGAGUUGGCUGUUAUUUCUAAAAUGGGGAGGUGUUUACAAAGUUCUUUACAUAAUGGACCAGGCCUUCCUCCUGCGAUAUUGGUUUCUUUUGGAAAUGUUAAUGCAGGCCAAUACUAUAUAAAGUCAAAUAAUGGUUAUGACGCUAAUGCUUUGAACCAGUUUGCUGUUCUUAUCAAUUUGAUUUCCAGGUACAUUUAUAUUUGGGACUAUGAAGACAUUCCAGUCGUCUCAUUUUUUGUUUCGGAUGUGGAUUCAUAUGUUGGCAAAGACUCCAAUAUGGAUUCGCAAUUGGAAACGAUAAAUUUAAAAUACAUAUUGAAACGUGGAUAUGGAAUGUUUUUUGAGAUGGAUUUCAGCAGCUCAUUACUUAAGGUGGAUAAAACUUCCCUCCUUAGGUUUUUAAUUCGUAAAAGAUAUGGUAUUAAUGAAGUAGCUUUAGAUUAUUUAUUAAAGGAAAUGAUUGAUAUGCACUCUGAAUCUAUUAUGGCUUUAUCUAAUAAAGAAUUAGAAUUAGUCAUAAACGAGAUUGAUCUAAUUCGCAUUAAAGACGUUUUGAAUGAUAUUGAACUAUGCAAUAUUCCGUAUACCACUUCAUGUGGUAAUUUUAUUGCACUUGUACCAAAUGGUGUGAAAAAUGAUUUUUUCAGUGUAUUUUUGUAUUAUUUCAACUUUGUGGUUGGAAAGUUGGAUAAAUCAAUCGGUUAUUCUAGGCAUGAAAUAACUUAUUUUAGUUAUAAUAAAGGGAUUGGUUUAUGUAAAGGUGGAUUAGGGGAUAUGAUUGGCUGUAUUAAGGUAAUUUCCAAAAUAAAAAAUUUUUUACUUCCAUGUAUUUUGCUCUAUCCCGAGCCAUCUAAUUUCCAACUUCCAGUUGUUUUUAACGAGGCAUCUGGUAUUAUUGUUUCUGGUGGAAAGGGUUGUGGUAAAAGCUUUCUUGUUACCUCAAUUGCCAACUCUUUAAACUGUGGAAUCAACUUUGUUCAGACUGCAGACAUUUUCAAUGCAACUAUUGGAUUUUUGGAGAAAUACCUAAAGGAGAUGAUAAAUGUCUGUACAAGGAAGCGCAGAUUUAUUCUGGUUUUUGAGGAUAUUGAUCAAUAUUUAAUGAGAAACAACAAUACACUUUUUUCAUUAAUGUUUCUUUUUGAUUUAGUGUCUCGUUCAAAUAAGUGGAUGCAUUCAGAAAUAAUGAUAUUUGGUACGUCUAAGAGACGAUAUCCUGUCUGUGCUAAUGUAUAUCAGUGGGAUUUAAGGGAAAUCAUCGAUAUUUUAAAUAAACAGUUAAUACCAAUAGUAACUAGAUUUUCAAAUAGAGUGCCGAUUAAGAUAAGCCACGAUAAAGUUGAUCAGCUGAUUGAAAAUGUUGCGUUUCUUAUUAGACAAGAGUUUACACCAUCAGUUGCGGUAGGUAUCGCGAAUUAUUUGGGCCUUUUUUUAUUAAGACAACUACUUGAAUAUUCUGAUAAAACAACUCUUCUGGAUCUAGAGAGCUACUUUGAUAUAAUUUACAAAACUGUAUUAAAUAUUGCUAGUAAAUGUUGCAAAUUUUAA